UCAUUCGUUGUUUUGUAUAGCUCAAUAACUACAUUUUAUUUUUGUAAUCAUUAUAGCUGUAUUUAUGUCUUUUUAAGAAUCAGUUGAACGCAAUGAUUGAUUAUUAUGUGAUUAUGCUCAGUUGAACGCAAUGAUUGAUUAUUAUGUGAUUAUGCUCAAUAAUAAAAUGUUAACUGUGACAGAAAUUUAAAUCUAAGGGGUAUUAAAUCUAUUUCAUAUAGUGAGCUUUGUUCAUGAUGACUGUGUAGGGAAAGACGCCGGGUGUCCCUGAUAAAGAUACCUUUUCCCCCAGUUCUCAAACAACUGCUUGACUCCUUUAUUAAAGCUAAAACUACAUUAUACGAAACAAGAGUGCGCAGACGUGUGGCGCAUACUGAUGACAAAACGCAGAACAACGACGGGAGAGACGAGCUAUCAUUUAAAUACAUGUAAAUAAUGAUAGGUAAGUAUGAAUGAAAUCAUUGCAAAUUCAAAGAAUGAAGAGAGGCUUUAACUUCUUCAGAGGCCUUUAUCCAAGGCGACUUACAGAGACUGGGGUGUGCAUCAGCUGCAGAGUCACUUACAACAACAACGUCUCACCCGAAAGACGAGCACAAGGAGGUUUCAGAAGAAACAGAGGAGAUCUGAUAUUGGGGGUUAAAUAACACUGCCCUCUUAUCCUCACAAAGAAGUAAUCCCCUGUGUGACCCUGCACUGACAGAGAGUACUGAACCACAGAGCAGUGUGCUCCACGAGGCAUGCUGCAAAACUCAAAAUGUUUACAGAGAAAGCCUUCACUUUUUUUUUUUUUUUGGACCACAGCAAGUGCUUUCCGGUGGUGACUAGCAUUUAAGCAACAACAAUGGUACACCCCUUGCAAAGCACCUUUCAGUUAAUAUGCAAAGAGUGGACCCAGUAAGAAACAAAGCUACAGCAAGCAGCUUGGGUAGGGUGUGCAGCUCUUCCCCUUCCAGCUUUAAGUUGCUCAGCUCUUGGCAUGACUGACCAAACAGAGAGGUUUCUGUAGCAGUUGAGAGGAGGUGCCCUGUAAAUCUCUCAAACUGCGCAGAAAGACGCACGGUUCUAAAUCAGGUCUCUUGUGGAUCUUGCACUUUCUCCCUCAUGCCCGCGAGGAGAAGAGGAGCCCCCGCUGUAGGCUCCAGGGGGCGUAGGCGCAGUAGGAGUCUGGUGUGGAGCUCGGCCCCUUUGCCUUGUGGUUCCCCAGCCCCCUUCGGCGCGCGCAGUGACCCAGCUGUGUUCCCUUUCGGUUUGCUGCCAGUGGAGUGCCAGGUCCACGUGCUCUCGUUCCUCACUGAAGUGGAGAAGUGCACCGCUGCCCUGGUGUGCCACAGCUGGAGCCGGCUGGUCCGGACUGGAAAGCUGUGGCGGGUGGCAGACUUCACCCGCAGAGGAGUAACCCUGCUGGGGAUGGAGAGCAUGCUGGUGUCCAUUAAGGAAUUUGAGCGAUGGAAGGCCUGGGUCCACCAGUACGCCCACCACCUGGCCUCUCGGGGAGCCAGCUUACUCGUCCUCAAGGCCAGCUUCAACCUGGGAGACCAGGAGAACAGGUGGGUGGAGUUCCUGUCCGAGUUCCUGGAGAGCGUCCACUGCGGAGACCUGAGCGAGCUGGGCCUGAACUGGACUUUCACACAGCUGGAGCCCUUGGGGGUCUGCCUCCAGGCCGAGCACAAGUACAGCUCGCACCAAGAGAGCCUGACCAAAAUGGAACAGGUCAGCAACUUCCAGGCGCUUCUCAGGAAGCUGCUUCAGAACUGCCCCCGCGUCACCACCAUGCGCCUGCACUUCGACUGGUCCCAGACCUCCCUCUCCCUCCUGUCGCGGUUCCAGCACCUCUGCGUCCUGGAGCUCAAGUACUUCUGGGUUUUCAAGGGGGUCAGCCCCAGCACCAUGCAGACACUGACCAGGUCCCUGCAUAACCUCAAGUCCUUAACCCUUCAUGUCCUGGUGCCUCUCCGAGACCUGGGCAUCUCCUACUGCCUGGAGUCCCGCUCGCUCGAGUUCCUGGACGUGUCUCCAAGCCGGGGGCUGGUGUUCUCCUGCCUGGACCUCCCUGCCCUGAGAGAGCUCCGCGCCAAGAAGGUACUGCGCGGGAUCACCCUGGACUGCAGGACCAGGCUAGAGAUACAGAGCCAGUGGCCCUGCCUCUACCAGAUCCUGCGCAAUGGCACCCCACAGCUUGAGGUACUCAACAGCGAGAGGCUGCUCCCGAGCUGGAGAGAGCAGGGUUACCAGGAGCUGACUGCUGCCCUUGAACAGUCCUGCUACUGCCUGCAGCACUCGGACAGCUGGCUCUGGUGACCCCCUCUGUGUCAAUGCACCAGCAUUGAGAGUAAUCCCCCUCUGUUACUCUGCUUCUGUCACCCCACUCUGACAAUCGCUCUGCAAACCUACAGCUGCUUACUGUAAUCUGUUCUAGGUGCCUGGUUCAUAAAAAAUCACACUCAGGUAAUACUAAAACAAUGGUAAAAUCUGUCCCUUUAAAUUGUUGCUAAUUUUGUAUA